AUGAAGACCGAUUUCAGGUUUUCCAAUUUGCUGGGCACGGUGUACUGCCAGGGCAAUCUGCUCUACAGUCCCGAUGGCACCCACCUCUUCUCGCCCGUCGGCAACAGAGUGACGGUUUUUAACCUCGUUGAAAAUAAAUCAUAUACCCUUCCGUUUGCGCACCGCAAAAAUAUUGCACGCCUCGGUCUCACCCCGCGCGGCAACCUCCUCCUCACAGUCGACGAAGAUGGCCACGCCAUUCUGACAAACGUCCCCCGAAGAAUAUCGAUAUACCACUUUUCCUUCAAGGGCAAAAUCACCGCGCUCUCCUUCUCGCCUUCGGGCCGCCACUUUGCCGUCGGCCUCGGCCGCAAACUCGAGGUCUGGCACGUGCCGUCCACGCCGGAUACCAACGCCGGCGGCGAGCUUGAAUUUGCGCCGUUUGUAAAGCACCACACGCACACCGGGCACUUUGACGACGUGCAGCACAUUGAGUGGUCCAGCGACUCGCGCUUCUUCCUCACAGCCUCCAAGGACCUCACAGCGAGGAUAUGGAGCGUCGGCGCUGAGGAGGGCUUCACGCCGACGGUGCUCUCAGGGCACAAGCAGCCCGUCAUUGGCGCCUGGUUCUCGGAGAACCAGGAAAUCAUCUACACGGUCAGCAAAGACGGCGCCGUGUUUGACUGGCGCUAUGUGAAGCCGCUCAACCGCGUCAAGGAGGAUGAUGAGGACAUGGACGAGGACGACGACUCCGAUAUGCACUGGCGCAUUGUACAGAAGCACUAUUUCAUGCAAGGCAGCGCCAAUGUCCGCUGCGCUUCUUUCCACCCCGAGUCGAACCUACUCGUCGCCGGCUUCUCCAACGGCCUCUUUGGCCUCUACGAGAUGCCCGACUUUAACAAUAUCCACAAGCUCAGCAUCUCACAAAACGAUAUUGACUUUGUCACCAUCAACAAGAGCGGCGAGUGGCUUGCGUUUGGCGCCUCCAAGCUCGGCCAGCUUCUGGUCUGGGAGUGGCAGUCCGAGUCCUACAUCCUCAAGCAGCAGGGCCACUUUGACUCGAUGAACUCGCUCGUCUACUCGCCUGACGGCACCAAAAUUGUCACCACCGCUGACGACGGCAAGAUCAAAGUCUGGGAUAUCGAGUCCGGCUUCUGCAUCGUCACCUUUACCGAGCACACGUCUGGCGUCACCGCCUGCGAGUUUGCCAAAAAGGGCAACGUCCUCUUCACGUCCAGCCUCGACGGCUCCAUCCGCGCCUGGGACCUCAUCCGCUACCGCAACUUCCGCACCUUUACGGCGCCCACGCGCCUCUCCUUCUCCAGCAUGGCCGUCGACCCUAGCGGUGAGGUCGUGGCCGCCGGCUCCCUCGACUCCUUUGACAUCCACAUCUGGUCCGUGCAGACCGGCCAGCUGCUGGACCAGCUGUCGGGCCACGAGGGCCCCGUCUCGUCGCUCGCGUUUGCGCCCAACGGCGACUCUCUCGUCUCGGGCAGUUGGGACCGCACCGCGCGCAUCUGGUCCAUCUUCAGCCGCACGCAGACGAGCGAGCCGCUGCAGUUGCAGGCCGACGUGCUCGACAUUGCGGUACGCCCGGACUCGCUGCAGCUCGCCAUCUCCACGCUCGACGGGCAGCUGACGUUUUGGAGCAUGGAGGCCGAGCAGGUCGCCGGUGUCGAUGGGCGACGCGACGCCUCGGGCGGGCGCAAAAUCACCGACCGCCGCACCGCCGCCAACGUGGCCGGCGCAAAGGCCUACAACUCGAUACGGUACAGCACCGACGGCAGCUGCAUCCUCGCCGGCGGCAACUCCAAGUACAUCUGCCUCUACUCCGUCACCACCAUGGUGCUGCUCAAGAAGUUCACCGUCAGCGUCAACCUCUCGCUCUCGGGCACGCAGGAGUUCCUCAACAGCAGGCUCCUCACCGAGGCCGGCACAGCCGCCGACAUUGACGACGACGAGAUUUCGGACCGCGAGGCCGCCCGCGCCGCCGAGGGCCUGCCCGGCUCCAAGCGCGGCGGCGACCCCUCGGCCCGCCGGCGCUUCCCCGAGGUGCGCGUCAGCGGCAUCGCCUUUUCGCCCGCCGGCACCUCGUUCUGCGCCGCCUCCACCGAGGGCCUGCUCAUCUACAGCCUCGACACGACGGUGCAGUUUGACCCGUUUGACCUGCAUAUGGAGAUUACGCCGGCGUCGACCCUCGCGGUGCUCGAGACGGAGCGCGACUACCUCAAGGCGCUCGUCAUGGCGUUUCGCCUCAACGAGGCCGCCAUCGUGCAGCGCGUCUUCCAGGCCGUGCCCCCCGCGGACAUUGGCCUCGCCGUCGCGGGCCUGCCCGUCGUCUACGUCCCGCGCCUGCUGCGGUUCGUCGCCGCGCAGACCGAGGAGUCGCCGCACAUGGAGUUUUGCCUGCUCUGGAUCAAGGCCCUCGUCGACAGCCACGGCGCCUGGCUGACGGCCCACCGCGCCAAGGUCGACGUCGAGCUGCGUGUCGUGAACCGCGCCGUGACUCGCAUGCGCGACGAUAUUAAGCGCCUCGCCGACGAAAACGUCUACAUGGUCGACUACCUGCUGGGACAGGCGGGCACAAAGAGCACGAACGAAAAGAAGGCGUUGAUGGCUGGGGAUGAGGAAGAGAAUGGCGCUGUGAGCAUUGAUGUGGACAUGAAUGGCGCCGCCGAGGAGGCGUCUAGUGAUGACGAGGAUGGAUGGAUUGGGCUGGAGUAG